AUGGCGACCUCGACUUACCGAUUCCUCCUCUCUUUCACAAUCCUCGGUCUUCUCGCGAUCGCCGCCACUGCACGACCCUGUAAAACCCUAUUUUUCAUAUCCACCACCUCAUACUACCCCAUUGAUCAAAACCCUAAUGUCCCCCUCCGAAACCACAACAAACCUGGAUUCCUCACUUUCUUCUACACCGAAGUCCGUGAAAUCCACCCCAAACCCACUAUCUUCAUCGAUCGCACCGAUAUCGCUGUCCAAAAACGCCCAAUUGUCCCCGAAUUAUAUUCUUCCGUGACCAAUUCCGUUCGUGACCGAACCAAGGAUAUUAUGAGCGUUGUUGGAGCUUUGCUAUUCGGCGUUGGCUGUGGAGCUCUUACUGCCGCGACUAUGUAUUUGAUUUGGUCUCUCUUUACUCCGAAUCGCUUCGAAUUUGGGGAUUCUUAUGAGGAUUUUGGUGACGAGAGCAAUGGUGGAGAUGAUGUCAGCGCUAAGAAGAUGGGUUAUGUGACGAUUCCAGCUAUUCCCGAUGCUGUUAAGCCUGCCAAACAGUUGGUGUGAAAGGUUGGGAAUGGGAUUGAUUUGGUGUCUUGGGUUUCAGUUGUAACUUGUGCUUCUCAGAUUACAGUGACAAAAUAUAUGGGCAGCAGUUCAACAGAUGUACUUCACAUUUUAGUGGGGACCCAUGGUGCUUAUACCUUGCAUGAUUUUCUUUAGAGAUAUGGGAUGAGACUUCAUGUUAAAUACUUAUAGAUAGAUUUUCAUCUUUAUACAAUGCACUGUUUAUGUAGUUCACUUGUUAGUCUUUGGGUAAUAUUUCUGGCAUCCUUUUUCAAUGUAAGCAAAGGACAUUUGAUGUGCUUUGCCAUCGAAUUUAGUGUCAUGUGUGCAUAGUUUCCUAGCUAUUUUAUUUUGCUUUUGGUGGUAUGCUAUUUUUCAGUUUUAUCCCUUAUGUUGCUGAAUUCAU